CGACGGCCGCGGCGACGCUGCUGAAGCGGUGGCGGCGGCGCGUGAAGCGCGCGAUUCCCCGCGUCUUGGGGAGCACUGCCUCUCCCCCCGACCCCCGACCCUCUAUUGCUCCCGCCGCCGCCGCCGCCGCAAUGUCGGGCCGGUCGGUCCGGGCCGAGACCCGCAGCCGGGCCAAGGAUGAUAUCAAGAAGGUGAUGGCGGCCAUCGAGAAAGUGCGGAAAUGGGAGAAAAAGUGGGUGACGGUGGGUGACACAUCCCUUAGGAUAUUUAAGUGGGUUCCUGUGACAGACAGCAAGGAGAAAGAAAAGUGCAAAUCAAACAGCUCAGCCGCCCGAGAACCUAAUGGCUUUCCCUCCGAUACCUCUGCCAAUUCCUCCCUCCUCCUUGAAUUCCAGGAUGAGAACAGCAACCAGAGCUCUGUGUCGGACGUCUACCAGCUCAAGGUGGACAGCAGUACCAACUCGAGCCCCAGCCCCCAGCAGAGCGAGUCCCUGAGCCCAGCACACACCUCCGACUUCCGCACGGAUGACUCCCAGCCCCCUACCCUGGGCCAGGAGAUACUCGAGGAGCCCUCCCUGCCAGCCUCGGAGGUCGCCGAUGAGCCCCCCACCCUCACCAAGGAGGAGCCUGUGCCCCUGGAGACACAGGUGGCUGAGGAGGAGGAAGAUGCGAGUGCCCCGCCUUUGAAGCGCUUCUGUGUGGACCAGCCUGCAGUGCCGCAGACAGCGUCUGAGAGCUAGCAGCACCUGGCGCCCUCCAUCCGCAUCCAGCCCCUGCCUCUAUUUAUUGCGUCUGGCUCUAGCCGUGCUGUGUUGCUGGGGUCAAGGGCAAGCGUGGGGGUGCAGAGCCUGCACGUAGGAAGUGUCCAGCCUGAAAGUCGACCAAGGACUCGGGUCACUGCAUCACCUUCCUGUUCCUGGCACCUGCUUGCUGGGCCGCUGAGCGGAAGAGCGCUCCUGUCCACUUUCCCAGGCUUUCUGUCACCCCCUGGGGCAAGACCUCUGGACAAAGCUGCUGGUGUGUCCAAGAGAGAGAGAGAGGAAGAGAGAGGUGGGAGGGGCCCUGCAGGGGUACUUGAAAGGAGACAGUGGCUAGUGGGACUGUGCCACAGGCUGUGGGUCCUGUAGGCUGCUGUUGGGAGGGACUGCGUGGGGCUUUGGAGGAUGGGGAAGAUGAAAGGCCAUCCCUGCUCUGCUGGGCGUCUCUGCCCCCACUGAGGUGGGUUCCCAUUGCUGAGGGUGCCCUGUGCCCUGUCCCUGACAGGCACACAUGCCCACAGCUCCCUGCCCACCUGUACAUGCCAUUCCUGCCUCUUGCCAGACACUCUGCCUCAGCCAGAUUUCAGGGUUCUGACAUCAGCACCCAUUCUUCCCAGUACUCCUUCUGCUCAGACUUUCUAGAAAGUUCCCUCUUAUUUGAAAUCUGCAUGUUCAGUUGAACUUUGUGAUUUAUUUUUGGUCUCAAAGAAGUUUAAGAAAAUGGAAAUGGACAACAACGAGUGAAGACAUAUUUUAGCACUGAAUAGAAUAUUUUUAAAAUUAAACUAUUUGAAAUACGUC